CUGUGCGAUGCUGUGGGGCCUCUUGUGGCGCCCGCUGUGCGGUGCCCAAGGCAGCCAGUUGCUGUGAAAAAGCGCAUCGCCAUCGCCAUCUACAAACUAGCAGCAUGUGCCGAGUACAGAGUAGUGGCAGAGACAUUUGGAGUCAGUAAAACGACCGUACACAGGUGUGUGUAUGGGGUGUGUGAGGCUAUUUGCCACAAACUGAUGAAAAAGUUCAUCACUUUGCCCAAAGAGGAAGAGGCACAGCAGAUUGCGCAACGCAAUUAUGAAUCGCACGGGCUUCCCCAAAUAUAUGGCGCUAUCGACGGAUCUCAUAUUCCUAUUCGUGCCCCCAGGGAUGGAUAUAGAGAUUACGUGAACAGAAAAGGCUGGGCAUCAAUAGUUCUGCAGGCUGUGGUGGACGACAGGUUGAUGAUAAGGGACAUAAGUGUUGGCUCACCUGGAAGCGCACAUGAUGCUGCAGUGCUGGCAACAUCCUCUCUGUUCAGACACCCUGAAAAGCAUCCAAAAGCCAGCAUGGACAUUGAGGGAGUCCAAGUACCUUUGCUCCUAGCUGGUGAUCCUGCAUACCCUCUCCUGCCAUGGAUUAUGAAGGGAUACGCCGGUCCUAAUCUAACAGAACCACAAGAAAUGUUCAACGAGCACCUCAGUGCCAUCCGUGUGAAGGUGGAACACACGUUUGGACAUCUAAAAACUCGUUGGCGUGUUUUAGCCAAAACAUCCGACAUUCACCAUGAUUUCAUGCCAAAAAUUGUGGCCACAUGUUAUAUUCUCCAUAACAUGUGUGAGGAGAAAAGACAGCAGCUGCCGCCAGCACCACAACACACAACAGGGCAUCCUCUCAUUCAGCCUCAGGAGCGCCACUCGGAUGAAGCUGAUGCAAUGGCUGUUGAAAUCCGACAGGCGCUGGUGAAUCAUCUGUCCAGGCCUCAUUAGGUUCUACGGUUACACUUUAUGUUCUAAAUAAUCAAGAGAUUUGUUUUCAAUACUUUUAUUGAAAGUUCUUUAUCAGAAAGAUGUUACAACAAGAAAGUUAAACUUAAUGUCAGCCGAUUCUCUCACUGAACAGAAUAACACUGGCUGUUUUGUGUUCCUGUUUGUGUUCCAUUUCUAAUAAAACAAACAUAACUUAAAGUGCCUUAACAUUUAUCUGCUGUCAGAACAUGGCGUUUAACUGAACACACCAGUAUUUAAUUUGAAAUAACACAACAGUAACUAAAAACCUUAAAUCGGAACUUACAAAAUAUGGUAUGUGGUUGAAGUGCUUUGGAAUGACAAAGCUGAGUGAGGUUCAGACUCAUUCUCCACUUGUUGUGUACGGUAUGGAGGUUGAGUGAACCGAUGUUGUGGUUGAAUGUAUGUAGUGUAUCCAGGUUGCUGUGGUUGGUGUCUGACUGGAUAUUGCAGGAAAUAAGGAGGUUGUUGACGUGUGUCUGAAACAAUGGGUUGCUGAAUUCCAGCUAAAGUCUCCAGAGCAUUAGCGUGGCGCUCAGCUGCUUCGGUUGC